AUGGACAGGGAUUCAACCUCCGUUGGUCGUCUGUGUGUGUCAGGGCUUCCCUCCAAUUCUCCUUUUUUCCCACCAACACCUGAGAAUGUCCAUUCAAUCAUGAACUUUGGACAGAUGAACUGAAGUUCUUAGUAUAAUGGGCUACAAGGCGAAUUCAUUACUGGCUGGUGUGGCUUUGUUGGCCUUCAUCUUUCUCCGACGUCAGCACCAACGAGAUACUGCAGCUCGUGAACAUGGCUGCCAACCUCCGGUCAAGCACCAAGUUAGGGAAGUCUUCACUGGAUUCGAUUUUCAGGUGGCUAUCAAUACAAAUGUUACUUGUCUCUUCCAUUGGCACCGGAAAUACGGAAAGACGUUUGAAACUCGACAGAUGUUCGGGCUUCCGUCCAUAGGAACAAUUGCUCCCAAAAAUCUUUGUGUGGUCCAUAUGGCUGUUAACGAUUUCGGCAUAAAGCCAUUCCGAUUACCAGGAAUGGAAUAA